GCACACCUGGCACAUCGGCCAUCCGCAGAGUCUUCCAUGGUGGCCUGGUUCAAGAGCGAGGAUGCCAGUCCAGCCUGGCAGAGCGCAGUGGGCAGCUGGCAGGCUCGCGUCACCAAGGGCAGUGUAACCAGGAGGUUCAAUGCAGGCAAUGGGGCUGCAGUACCCGUGGCAUACCUCGACGGCCUCACCAACGCCGGCUUAGACUUCGGCAAGAUCAUGAAGCCGGUCUGCUGGCCCCGGCACCAGCCGGGUGGGCUGGACCUGAGCGUGUUGCGGUCCGUGAUCAAGUCGAACGGCGUGAUGCUCUUCAGCCGGACGCUUCGCCUGUCCAAGAGGUUUGGCGACGACACACACUUCGUGAUGGAGAACGUCCACGGAGGCCACCAGACAGCGCGAAGCUUCUUCGGUGCAUCCGCAACAGAUGGCGAGAGUGGAACCGGCAUGGCGUCCAUGAAGAGAUCGGCGCUGCUGGAGAGCAACCAGACCCGGGCGCAGGCGAAGGCUCGCUUGCAGGAGUCUCUGCACUGGGAGACGGACGAGGAGGAUCUCUACUUGGCCUCGGUCGAAUACGGAGAGGACAUGGGCAUCAACAAGACGUCCGAAGUCCGAGGAUCCUCUGCCAGAGAGCGCAUCAACUCCCUUCAGUCCACGUCCGAGGACAAGUCGAAAGCCGACACCUUCAAGCUCUUCGGCUUCAAGAAUCCAGGCUUGGUGAACUUCGAGAUCAGCGGGCUCUUGUCUGGCAACUGGCUUCAGCUUGGCUUGCAGAUGGGCUUCGGCCCAGCAUACCAGAGCCCUAAGAUGACCAUCCCUUUGGUGAACCUCGCAGACCAGUUCGCUUUGAUCUUGGCAGCGGUGCCGGACGCGCUGGUCUCCACGGAGAGCCGGGCACGGGCUAUUGCCGCCUUGAAAGACUUCUCGUCUUCGGACGUCCAAGAGGUCAGGAGCAAAUCCAAGGUGGCGAAGGUGGCAGACGCUGGUCACCAGCAGGGCCAGGAAGGCGAAUGGUCCUUCAGCGUCAACUCCCCGCCCGUCGGCUCGGACAUCAAGAAGCAGGAAAGGCCCGCGGAGGUCCUGCGCGAGUGCCAGGGCGCUAUCGUGGAGGGAAGCUCGUGCUCACAUUUGCAGGAGCCAGACUGCAACAGCCACUUCGUGACGGUGGGAGAGCGCACAAUGCAAUGCACAUGGCUGGACGGAAGGUGCUU